AUGAUAAUAGAAAUUAUUUGGUUUUUGGCGGGCUUUGGAGCGCAGCCGGGCGAGCUGUCGGCGUGCGGCGCGGCGUCCGGCGAGCUGCGCGGCGCGCCGCUGUGCGCCUCCGCGUCGGCGCACUUCAACGUACGUGCGCGUGCGCUCCGCCCCCGUCGCUCGGGCCUCUCGCUCGCGCCCGCCUCUGACCUCUCGCUCGUUGGCCCGCAGCAGCCGGCGGCGCCGCACGUGUCGCUGCUGCCCAACACCAACCUGGCGGCCAAGCUGCCGGCCGUGCAGCACCAGCCGCCGCGCUACUUCAGCGUCAAGGACCAGCACCUGCUCAAGCCGCCGCACGCGAUGCUCACGCACGCGUCGUCGUUCGGGCGGCGCGCGUCGGACGGCGGCGCGCACGUGCCGCACGGCGGCGAGCGCGCGUGUUGCCGCUCCGCGCCCGCGCACCACGUGUCAGACAGCGGCACGCCGCCUCGGCCCGACAACCCAGACCAGUCGGAGGAGCAAACCGCUGACUCCGUUUACAAUACUAACUUGUGCAGGUACAUGCUGAACCGCGGCAGCAGCAAGCGGCACACCAUGGCCACGCCCGAGGACGCGGCCAACGUGGCCACCUCCAACUCCUGCACCGGCCCCAUGCAGACGAGCACGUCGCCCUCUUCGACGGCGAACAUGCGAGUGCGGCGCACGGGGCUGCUGACGGUGACGGAGCGGCCGCCGGUCAUAAGUCCAGAGCUGGUAAUGGAGGUCGAGGCGCGAAUGAAGAGGAACUAUUUGCCCCCGUCGAUACAGGGGGGCUAUCAGUACCAGGGCCAGCCCGGCUACCAAAGCCCGCCCGCGCCCCCCGCCGCCAACCAGGCCCAGGGCAGCCCGCAGACGAGCGGCCAGGGCUCGAUAACGGCCGGCACGCCGAACUACGCGAACCAGGCUCAGGGCGGGCAGAAAAUGGUGCCCUCGCUGGAGACGAUUCCGCAGGGCAGCAUGAUGGGCCGCAAGGGCUCCAUCGUGUCGGGCACGCCGGUGGGCAGCCAGGCCGUGUGCCCGUACACGCCCCCCGCCGGGCCCUUCUCGCCCAGCCACGGCGCGCCCGCCCACACCCCGCACGGCUCCAUCGUCAGCGGCACCCCGCUCCCCGCCACCUUCGAGACGAACACCUUCGGCGCCGACUUCGGCUUCACGAGCCCCGCCGCCAACUUCGCCAACGUCAACCCGCCGCCUCCGAGCUUCGGCAGCGCCACCCCCACGGCCGGAUUCCAAGGGCAGAAUUCCCCCGGCUCGCAGACUACCUACCAAAGCCAGAGCGUGGGCUCGAUGAGCACGCCGACCCUGACGGGCUCGGUGGGCGGCUCCAUCACGGCCGGCACCCCGUGCCAGGGCCAGUACGGCCGCCAGCGCAAGUACUCCGGACCGCAGAGGGUCAAACUGCAAAUGUUAGCCACGGUACAGGAAAUGGCGCGCGAGCACGCGGAGCGCUACUCGCCGGUGCGCCGCGCCGAGAGCUCGCCGCCGCGCGCCGCCCACGACCUGGCCUCCGCCCGCCUCGAGUACCAGCAGCUGCAGCGAGGUUUGGAGAGGCGGAGCGGCGUCGCUACCAGCGGGGGGCCCGGGGCUUCGCCCCCUCGCCCCGACAGCCGUCUGCACACACCUACUACCUCUGUACCUGGGUCGCCGCGGCACUGCGGGGCGCCGCCGCCGCUGGAGCUGGGCGCGCUGUCGGCCGAGGCGGCGCGCGCCGUGCUGGCGGCCGCGCGCGCCCUCCCCGACGCCGCCGCCGGCGAGCUGCCGCGCUCGCUGCUGCUCACGCAGGACCUGGCCCUGAAGAUGGGCAUAAACCUGCACAACCUUUGCUCGCCGCACGUCAACAUUUCCCAGGAGAUCGUGAAGGCGCUCCACGCGCAGGGCUUCGGCCUCCUCUCCGGGCACGCGUCCCCGGCCAGCCCGGGCUCCCCUCUGCACCAGAUAACCGAGGGCCUCAGCUACCUCCACACCGGCUCCAUAACCAGGGGCACCCCGCAGCCCAACUCCACGCCUCUCGAUCUGCGGAGUAACGUGGAAAUGGACACGGGCCAAUACCCCCAACUGCACCCUAUGGUACAUCCCCAGAUACACAUGGUCACCCACCGGUCACUUAACAACUCGCCCAUCUCCAACCCUGGCUCGCCGCUGGACAUGAUUCAGGAGGAGAUAGGCAACGGAAGUCAUAACGGCGACGCCAAAAUGUUCGCCCAGGAAAUGAGAAAUAUCCAGUUUCCGAGCUACGUUUCGAACCAUCCCCAAAUCAGUCUCACCGAUUGCUUAGGGUCCGAAAUAACCCUCGUCGCGUCUUCGUCCGAAGACAGCGUAGACAGUUUGGAAAACAGCAAGUAUCCCUUACCGCAGUUCGUCAUAUCGGAGCCUUCGGACUUGGAUGAUAGACCGUCCAUCACAAAAGGCAUCGGUAGGAAAGUGAGCCAGGAGAACGAGCCGCCGCCCCCUAUAGAGAUGCCCAAAGACUUGGACCUGCACCUCGACAAGGACACGGAGAUGCACUCGCCCAAAGAGAGCGUCGAUGAGACCAACAAAUUCUUAGCAGAAGACGUAAAGUAUCUCAGGCGAGGCAGCGACAAGUCUUUGGGUUUCAGUGACGACUCGCUCAGCAACGAUUCGACGAACGUGUCGCCGAAUUGCGAACAGAACAUCCAAUCGAUUUACUCGAAUAUUAUCUCCGUGAGCUCCGGGUUCAGCGAGAACCGUGGAAGUUUCUCGGAGCACAGGGAAUCGUUCUCGUUCUCUGAUAGGGGCAGUUUCUCGGAACGCGGAGACUUUGGCAGGUCCUCGUUUUCUGAGAAGAGUGACUUUGGGCGUGGAAGCUUUUCGGAGAAAGGGGAGACGCCGAGAUCCUCUUUCUCGGCCCAGGGCGUACUAGGAGAGGUGAAAGAGUACUACGAGGACGUUUACAUGCCGCGCGAUAGCAGCAAAUACGGCUUGGACAGGUGCGAAAUUGAACAACCGAGGCAAGAGGAGAUAGAGAGAUUGCAACGCUCCACGAUGGAUCUUCGCCUGACGGAGAUCUGCAGACCGGAGGAGAAGAAAAUUCCGAUUCUGCUCAGUCCACAGAAGGUGUCGUGCUUCCAAGAGUAUUACGAGGUGGCCCUGUCCACCGUUUGCUCACAACUGGACUCGCAGAGGAUAGUCGAGUUGCUGAAGGAAACGAUCAAUACAAGGGUUCCGCCGCAGAGCAUCUUCGUGGAGACGGGGGACCAGAAGGAGAAGCACGACGACUCCGAGGCCCUGACCGGCUUCCUGAACCUGGAAUACUCCGGUGGUAUCCAGAUAGAAUUGGUGCUGUGCGAGAAUAAAGCGAAAGAGAAGAAAGGCCUCAAAAUGAGACGGAUCUCCGGUGACCAGAGAGAAUACGGGAAGCUGUGUCAGCAGCUCAUCACCAGUCUCACCGUC